UCACACAAAUUGCGUAGAACGCAACGCAAGCCCUGUCCAUCUUCCCACUCAGAGCUGAUCAGAUAGCCGCUCGUAUCUCAGGUCAAUGCAGUGGGAAAUAGAAAGCUUGCUCUAAGCGCCGCCACAAAGAGCCAGCUUUUUCUUGCUGACCGAGAUCUUCGAUUGUGCCGUGACUUCAUAAGUAGCAUAAAUAGAGAAUCAUCUCUCUAGAAUAUGGCUAGUUCUCCUCUUCUGCUUAAGAUCGGAAGUAGACAUUGCAUUUCAUUCAACUCCGCUUUAAUCAAAAUCUUAAGUCAUUCUGUGGGAAGAUACCAGAAAGAUGGCGCCUCUCGGUCACGAAGAUUUGAGAAAUGUCGUUUCGGUGCUAGCGCAAAGACUUGAUUCAUUGAACAUUGACUAUGCGAUAAUGGGAGGCGCUGCAACCUGUUUGUUAAGCCCAGACCCGAGCCGGAGGACACAAGACGUUGAUCUCGUUAUUCAUGUUGACCACCGGAAAAUCACCGCCGACCGUCUUACGAGUACACUUCUUACCUCGUUUUCGGCUGAAUUUGAAGGUGUCAAUCAAUUCGGACAUGUCAUUCCUGCAUACAGGCUUCACCGACCAGGAGCAGCCACUCAGUUGGUGGAGCUGGAAGUGUUUGACUAUAGUAGUUGGCCACAACGUCCCCAAUACAACCUCAGCACCGCUACACGGAAGAUGCUAAGAAUCAAUGAUCAAGUGGUCAAGCUCUUUAGCCCAGAAUGGAUCCUGCGGGAAAAGAUUUUAUCCCAAUACCAGCGACAAGGUAGUGCUAAAGAAGCAAACGACAUUCGUGAUAUCAUCACUAUGAUACCUCUGACUACACCUGGCAUUCCAGAACUCGACUUCAACGAAAACCAAGAGUGUCAGAUGGCUCUAGGAAAUUUGCUGCAAAAGAGGCCAGCUUUGGUUCAAACUCUGAAAGCAAAAAUCAAAUGCAGAACCAUUUUUCAAAACUAGUAAGUCUUAGAAUAUUAUCCUCUCGGGUCGCUUGAUAACUGAAUGAUGAAACUGCGCGCUUUAGGAGAUUCCGGAAAACGCUGCCUCUGCCCAUUGUCGAUGUGCCAGGCUUAGGUGGUGGCUUCUGAAUGGAGGGGCUAACGACAUUUCAUUCCCC